CACUUAUGCUAGUCUUUGAGCCUACACAUGACACUGUUAAUUCAGAAGCUACAAGCAGAAGAGAUGCUGAUGAUGUUAAACAGACAGAAACAGAGAAUGGCUGAUACGUGUCUUAUGUGUCUGCUGGGACUGAUCAUUCUCUGCUCACUUUUCACUGGUACCAGUGAAACUCACGUGUUCAGCAGUUCUGGUGAAAAUGUCAGUCUGCCAUGUAAUAAUGCUCUUUCUGACUGUGCAUCAACUACAUGGACCUAUAACAGAGAAAUAAAUUCAACUAUAGUUGAACUGAUUACUUUAGGUAUAAAGAAGAAUGACAUAGAGACACAUGAGAGACUGAGUCUGGGCUCUGAAUGCUCUCUGAAAAUCAAUAAAGUCACAAAAGAAGAUUGUGGAAUUUAUAGUUGCAGACAAUUUGUGAAUGAAAAACAAGAAGGAACUGAUGCACCUGUUUAUCAGCAUGUUCUUCAGGUCUCUUCAUCAUCCUCACACAAUGAGAUCAGACCAGGCAGGUCUGUGACUCUCUCCUGUCAGUUGCAUACUGAUGGAUUUUAUUGUGAUACUUUGAUCCAUUUUGAGGAAGUUCAGCUGAUCUGGGUGAAUCAGGCUGGUGUGAAUCUGCAGACAGACUCCAGAUAUCAGAUAUCAUUCUCCCCAGGACAGUGUAUCAGCACUCUGACUACAACACUCCUGAAUGAAGAUCACAACAGAGAGUGGAGAUGUCUGGUCACUCAGAGAAAUGAAAUGAAGACCUCAGCAACAUAUACUGUCAAGUAUUCAGGUAUGAAUGGAGCAGAAGUGACUCGUGUGUUCAGCAGUUCUGGUGAAAAUGUCCGUCUGCCCUGUAAUAAUGCUGGUUCUGGCUGCACAUCAACUACAUGGAUCUAUAGCAGACAAUCAGAGUCAGUUGAACUGACUGCUGGAGGGGAAAAGAAGAAAGACAUAGAGAGACAUGAGAGACUGAGUCUGGGCUCUGACUGCUCUCUGAACAUCGAGAAAGUCACAAAAGAAGAUAAUGGAUCUUACAGCUGCCGACAAUAUCUGAAUGGAAAACAACAAGGAAAUGAUGCCCUUGUUAAUCUGCUUUUUCUUCAUGUGUCUUCAUCCUCCUCACAGACUGAGAUCAGACCAGGCAGCUCUGUGACUCUCUUCUGUCAGUUGUAUUAUGAUGGAGUCUCUUGUGAUACUUUGGUCCGUACUGAGGGAGUUCAGCUGAUCUGGGUGAAUCAGGCUGGUGUGAAUCUGCAGACAGACUCCAGAUAUCAGAUAUCAUUCUCCUCAGGACAGUGUAUCAGCACUCUGACUACAACACUCCUGAAUGAAGAUCACAACAGAGAGUGGAGAUGUCUGGUUACUCAGAGAAAUGAAGUGAAGACCUCAGCCACAUAUACUGUCAAGUAUACAACGUCAACUACACUGAUCCUAACUACCACAAAAAACUCUGUGAAGCAAACAAGACCUACACCAACACCUCCAGAUGAUCUAGAUAAACAUCAUUAUCAUUCCUUGAUUGGGACUGUUGUUGCUGCUGCUGCAUUAGCUGUUCUCCUUCCUGCUGUUAUUCUUUGGGUGAUUUGUAAAAAAAGAGCUGAUAAAAGAAGAGGGGCUAAAGAAUCUGUGGUCACACAUAUGAAUAAAUAUGAUGUAACCAAUGAUACAGUCAACAUUUCCAAACAUCCUACUCCUAGCACUAAUGAGCAGAAAGAUGAUGUGACUUAUACUGAGGUUGCCACAUACAGCAAAAUCCAAGCCAAAAAGAACAAAGUUGAUGAUGAUAAAGUGACUUACGCUGCCAUCAGAGGAGUAACAGCUGGACCUCAGGAUAACUGCAGUCAACUUUAUGCCUCUGUGAACAACAACCAUCACAAAUAACUCAAACAGUCAAUAAUUAUACAAAGACCUCAUAAUAUCAUUACCUGAGAAAUGUGAACCUAUAAUCGACCUUGUAAAUCUUUGACAUGUUUAUACAAACAAGUGUUGGUCAGAUUUAUUUGUAGGACUUUGGUCAGUUUGGGAUGCUUAUUUCAGAAUAACUAUCUGCUUGUUGUUCAAAUGAACAAUUUUAAUCUUUGAUAAUUUCAAUGAAAUCUUCCACUUUCUCUGACUGUGCAAUGGUCCGAUUCCAAUAACUGUUUUUAAAAGUUAUGCUAUUUUACAUUCAGCAUCCUCUUUUGUGACUAAUGCAGAGAUGUUUGAAAGUGUUCUGCUUGGCAGAGCUGUUGAGGAACCGUUGGGGACCGUUGCAGAAGAAUUGUGAGGUCAAAUUCUGCUGAACAUACGACAUAUGAUUGCAUUGUAUGUACCAGUCCACAACGUUUCUGUCACGAAUCUGGUCUGCACUCCCGGUCACUCACCACAUGGACUUUCACACCACACAUCACAUGGACUGCAUUUCCCAUCAGCCAUCUCACCAAUCACACGCACACAGCUGUCACCAAUCAUUCAUGGCACUAAUCACAUGCACACCUGAUCACACAGCAUCACUGAUCACACACACUAUUUCAACCCUGGACAUUCUCUCCCUCGUUGCCGAGUAUUGCAUGCAUUAUCGCUGCCCUACAGAGCUCCGUUAGUUUUCCUAGUCUAGUCUAGUCUUGCCUUGCCUAGCCCUGCCUUUGUUUGGAUUGUUUUCCCUUGCCUGGACUAUCGCUAACGUAUUGGAUUACCUCUCCUGUCUCGCCCCUUGGAUACUGUUUGCCGAUCGUCGACCCACGCUUGCCCUAAGUUUUACUCUUUGUCUUGUCCCUGCCAUACCUGUUUGCCAUUGUUUGACCCUGCCUGUUAUGACCACGUCUCUGCCUAAUAAAAGCCUGCACAUG